AUGAUACCAUGGAGAGGCAGACUGAAAUUUCGCCAGUACAUACCAUCCAAGAGUCACAAAUACGGGGUAAAACUUUUUAAAUUAUGCAGUCCAAAUGGUUAUACAUGGAAAUGUCUAAUUUUUACUGGCCGUAGUGAAGAACAGCGUCCUGCUGGACUUGGGAUUGGUGAAUCUGUCGUAUUGACCUUGACUGAAGGAUUUUUGAAUGAAGGAAAAAUUCUGUAUACUGACAACUUUCAUACUCGUUGUCCAUUAGCCACAAUUCUUCUUACGAAAAGUACACAUCUAGUAGGUACGCUUAGGCGGUCCAGAAAAUACCUCCCAAAAGAUAUCACGACCAAGAAUCUCAAAAAACAUGAGUACAUUGCGCGAGAAACUAAUUAUGGGAUGGUCGUUUCCAAAUGGAAAGACGCUAAGGAUGUACUUAUGUUAUCUACAGUUCACGGAAUUGGCAUGAGAGUUCCGCCACCUUCAAGUAAACGAAAGAGAGCAUUUUCUCCAAGCUGCAGUAACGAGGAGCCCACUCCAAAAAAGAAAAAAGAAACAGACAAAACGUCAACAUUAAAACCAGACGCAAUUAUUGCUUAUAAUAAUGGCAAGUGUGGUAUUGACAAGUCCAACCAAAUGGCGUGA